UUUUUUUUCCAAGAUGGCGACGUCGUGUGACACUUUAUCUCUGUGUGUUGACAGCGACAAAAGAAGAAAAAUCGAUUACAUAACCUAACCCUCUAGAAUAAAAAAGUCUAUCUGUCGUAUUGACUGCGAGGUGUAAGAAAUCGAAAACGAUGGCAGCAAAACGUAUUUCUCAAUCGAGCGUUAAUUGGGCCGCACUUUCUGAGCGUGUACCAGUAGCUCAGAAGACCAAUUUCAUGGCAUUCAAGUCACGCAGUGACAAAUAUCUUCGUGCUGUGCUCGCCAACCCAGAGCAAUCACCGAAAAUCGAUUGGGCCGCAUACAAAAAUAAAAUCCCAAAUGCUGCAUUGGUUGAUUCAUUCCAAAAGGCUUAUGAAUCGUUGAAAGUUCCAUACCCAGCUGACACUUUGUCAUCGGAGGUUGACAAGUUGCGUUCGCAGGUGACACAAGAAAUUGCUGCGUUCAAAAAGGAAUCAGAAGAACGUAUUGCCAAGAAUAAAGCCGAAGUGGAACGUAUCAAGGGUUUGUUGCCAUACGGACAGAUGACAUUGGAAGACUUCCGUGAUGCUCAUCCAGAUUUGGCAUUGGAUCCAAUCAAUCGACCAACAUACUGGCCACACAUCCCAGAAAUUCAACCCGACUACGUUGAUCCAAAUGAAAAGGACGAAGAACACCACUAGAGUCUUAAUCAAGUCAUGUUAGGUAAUGCGUUUUUCGGUCACAAUGCAAAACACCGCAUGGAAUUAUCAUAAACAACAACAACAACAAAACAAAGAAGCAAACAACAACAACAACAAUAAAAUCCUAAUUGAUUUCUAUUCGAUUGAAGUGCAUACCAGCGCAAUCAAUUUCAAUGUAGUUCGAAAUUUAAAAAUUUAUCAAAUAAAGUGUUAAAAACAUAAACUGAA